UAUCUAGAUUAUGAUGAAUAUAUUCCUAGCUUUAUCGUUUUAACAGGUUUUCCAUGCUAGGAUUCUAGAUUCGAAGAUAAUUCUUGAAAGCUACCCUGCGUUAUUAUGUCAUUUCCCAAAUUGAGCAGCGGAAGAUUGUAGAUGGGCUUGUGUAUUUGAAAAGAUGUUGAUUAUCAACUUGCAAUGCACUCCUUGGUUUUUGUCUAAUAUUUUUACACGGAUUUCUAUUGGACUUAAUUGAAUCUCAGCUGUAAAGUUGUCUUAUAGCAUUUUGUCUCUGUCAUAGUUAUCCUUUGUUUUCCCUUACAUAGUUAAUCGAAUUGAAACUGAAGUGAUGUUAAAUUUUGUAAUUAAAGUUGUAAGACAGCAGCGAUGAUAAACAAGCAUAUGCUUGACAUAUUAACUGAUAUAUUACGCCUGUGUAGAAGUACUAUAUGGGGGUAUAGAAACAUUGUAUAUGAACUUAUAUAACCUGGAAGUUAUGGUGUUUUGUCUUCUGACAGAAGUACUAAGUGUGGUGUAAAAACAUUAUCAUUUAUACUGGACAUGUGUCUGUUGUACAUGUCCACUCUAAACUGAAUUUUUUUAUUAUGUUUCCUCUUGGAAUGUUCCAUGAUAUCUUAGUCAAAUAUUUGCUUUAGGUGGACGAUGUACAUGCUUCCUUCUGCCAUUGAGGUUGCUAAAUAGGACUGUUACCAUCAACUUCACGAUAUAUAUUCUAAAUGAUGAACGUUGCUCUAAGCUUAAGAUCUAUCCCAUCUUUCAGAAGGUUUAUUUGAGAGAUAUUUUGAGGAAACCAGAAAUUGAUGCUUUUGCUGAAGAAUUGAAACCACAUCAGGUUUUUGAGAUACAAUGUCAAAGAAGAUGAGCAAUCAAGAAAAACAUAGAAUCUUGAUGGUAUCAGAUUUUUUUUAUCCCAACUUUGGUGGUGUAGAGAAUCACAUUUAUUAUCUAUCGCAGUGCUUGAUUAAGCUCGGCCACAAGGUGGUUGUUAUGACUCAUGCUUAUCAAAAUCGAUCUGGAGUGAGGUAUAUGACCGGGGGGUUGAAAGUUUAUUAUGUGCCGUGGAAACCAUUUCUUAUGCAGAAUACAUUGCCCACAUUUUAUGGGACACUUCCAAUAAUAAGGACGAUUUUGAUUCGGGAAAAGAUAUCAUUGGUGCAUGGACAUCAAGCCUUUUCAACUUUAUGCCAUGAAGCUUUAAUGCAUGCGCGCACUAUGGGAUACAAAGUUGUGUUCACAGAUCAUUCGCUAUACGGAUUUGGUGAUGUAGGAAGUAUUCACAUGAACAAGGUUCUGCAGUUCACUUUAGCAGAUGUGACUCAGGCUAUUUGUGUUUCUCAUACGAGUAAAGAAAAUACAGUUUUGAGAUCAGGACUGCCACCUGAAAAGGUUUUUGUUAUUCCCAAUGCUGUCGAUACUGCCAUGUUUAAGCCUGCUGCAGAGCGACUUAGCAAUCGUGAAAUUGUAAUUGUUGUGAUAAGUCGAUUGGUCUACCGAAAAGGAGCAGAUCUGCUUGUUGAAGUUAUCCCUGAAGUGUGCCGUUUGCAUUCCAAUGUACGCUUCAUUAUUGGAGGAGAUGGACCUAAAAGAGUGAGGCUGGAAGAAAUGAGGGAAAAACACUCUCUUCAAGAUCGAGUAGAUAUGUUGGGUGCUGUCCCACAUGCUAAAGUACAGUCUGUUUUGAUAACUGGCCAUAUAUUUUUAAACAGUUCUUUAACAGAAGCAUUUUGUAUCGCCAUACUGGAAGCAGCUAGUUGUGGAUUAUUGACAGUCAGCACACGUGUGGGAGGCGUCCCAGAGGUUCUUCCAGAUGAUAUGAUUGUUCUUGCAGAGCCGGAUCCAAAUGACAUGGUACAAGCAAUUACAAUGGCUCUCCAUAUACUUCCCCAGAUUGAUCCACAAGCAAUGCACACUCGGAUGAAGACGCUGUACAGUUGGCAUGAUGUUGCUAGAAGGACAGAGAUUGUUUACGAUCGUGCUUUGAGAUGUUCCAGUCAGAAUCUCUUAGAACGGCUAUCAAGGUACCUUCCAUGCGGUGCUUGGGCGGGCAAGCUCUUCUGCCUGGUCAUGAUAAUUGAUUUUUUGUUCUGGCAUCUCUUGCAACUAUUGCAGCCUGACAGAGACAUCGAGGUUGUACCGGAUUUUCGUCUAACAGAUCACCAACGAGGCGAGACAUCACAGGAUUUUAAUAUCGAUGAUAGCUUGAGAUAGUUCUGGGAUUCAAACAUAAGAUUGAUUACCAUUAUUUAGAUUAAACCUUUAUUUUUUUAAUGGUUUGAUAAUGGUUCUAUCCUGUUCAAAUGGUCGUGGAGCUAUUUUAUCUGUAUCUUUUCUUUUUACUGUUUGUUGCAUUUCGACUUUUCAAUCUUUUCAAUUUUUUUCUUUUCCCAACCGAACAUUUACCUCUGCAACUGAGAGGAAAAAGGGGGAGAGGAUGUAAAGAAGAAAUUCCUGUUA